AUUAUAAACUACAUGUACACGACUACCAGAAAAGCAUUUCUAAGAAGAUCAAAAGAAGGCUAAGCCUAAGCAAGGCUGUGAUUGGCUGUCGUACUGAGUUGCCUUAAAACAAAAUGGCGGCCUACAUGAGAAACUCCGAACAGAACGACAACGUCGAAAGUGAGAGUAGUACAUGUACAUCACGUGAUGAAGAAAUGCAUACUUCCAAGAACAUAGGAGACAACGCAGCCGCAAGGCAGAGCAUGUUUGCUCACAUCGCAGCCAGCAAGGUGCUGAUCAAAAGCCAGCAACGGGGCGAGGAAGACCUCAGCCCAAAAGAGAAGCUCAGUAUCCUGUCAGAGCUACUGGACCACAAGCCCGCCAUCUUCCUCGAACGCUUCAACACUUUCCUACGUGAGGAAGAUCUGGACCUCUUCAAGCAUCUCGCCGGGGACUACGAAAUAGACUUCUUCCUCAAGCAGGCAAGGAAGAGGUUGAAUGCCGGGAAAUCACUGACAGGAGUGAGAAACCGGCGCUAUGAGGCUCUUAAAAAACUUGAGAAGGAGGGUACCUAUUUUGAGGACAAGGCCAUGAAAGAUCGCGACCCUCUGAUGUUUGAGGAGUAUAUCGGGCAGUACAUGACCGAGGAAGAGAGAAAGGGGCUGCUAAAACCCAUUGACCACAGUGACAUGAGAUUCUCUAGUAUUCUGAUGACAUUCAUGGAUGAGCAGGAGAUCAAGGAGUUGCACAAGAGGCAGAAACAAGAGGAAGAUGACAUGAUGGAAGAAGAAGAGGAGGAAGAGGAGGACGAGGAGGAAGAUGAAGAUGACAGUGAAGAUGAGGGUGUUUAUGGAGCAUCUUCAAGUACCAGGCGACAGCCAGGUGGGGCAGCCAAGGAAUGGGAACCAACACCAGCAACGGAAGAGGAAAAAGCUAUAAUGAGACAGGAAUUCCUCAAUCACAUGCACCAGAGAUUCCUGAGCGGUCAGGAAACGGACUUUGACUACUCGGCCGUUGACAGCAAUGUAGAGUACGACUCGCUCGUGCUCAGAGCUCAGGACGAAGAGGAGCAUUACUUUGACCAGGAGGCGGCAGAAACCUGGAGCUUGGGGUCGGAGGAGAGGACAGACGUUGAGAACAAAGAUGCUGAUUGUGAUUUUGAUGAAUUUGCAAUGGCAGAUGUUGAAAACAGGACAGGUGGAACCUUAUCUGGCAAGACUAGAGAAGGGAAAUUCAGUAUGGCCCCAAAGGAAAUGAAUAUCAAUACAAGUACUGUGAAGCCAGAGGAUAUGCAAACUUGAUGGAGUAGAAUGCUUGGAGAGCUUUUGAGGAUUUGUGGCAUCGGUGUGUGGUUCUGGAGUUCAUAGCCCUACUCCAGUCUGUUCGUCUGCAACCUCAACUCCAUGGGCUGCGUGCGCAUUCCUUAUUAGCUAACCCUGGCAGUGUGGAAUACGAAGAUGACGCUGAUUGACUAUUCAGAACCUACUGCGCGUGUAUUUCAAAGGCUACAUCACAUAAUAGGCCUAUGCGCUCGCGUUAUCCUGCACGACAUGUCAUAUACAAACAUUUCUUUUCAAGAAUGUCAACGCCUCUGCGAUAUUUACAGUGUUGUAAAAGGGACGUCAGAGGUGUGCACGUUAUAAAUUCUAGCAACGCGACGUCAAAAUCUCAUGUCUGAAAGGAUUUAUUCUACAAAUUAAAAAACUUCACAAUUGAAAGCAGUGUUGCGCAUUUAACACAUCGAAUCAAGUCCUAAUUCAAAUCUCCCAAAUAGUGGGAUAUUUACAUUACAAAAUACCAGGGGUUGAGAUCCCGCAAGGCAUGAUGGGAACCAACAUGGUGCAGCAAGAUCUGACCCGUGAGAACGAGGUUGGUCAUCUAUGAUUGUUGAAAUAAACACAUGCACAGCUUAUAUUCUAUGAAAUAUGUUUAUUAUAGUUCUUACUCUUAAAACCAGUGCAUGAAUCAACAAAACCUGAUUUUAAAUCGUUCACAACGUUAAUUACCCAACACAAUAUUAGUCCUCACUCAAAGAAAAACAUUCUCAUGAUGUUUCAAAUAAAAUAAAAUGCAAGAAUAUGAUAUAAGCGUGAAUAAAAAUAUAUUAAUGCUCAGCCCAACCAUCUUCACAUAAGUUCUCAAUGGAAAGAAUACAAUAGCACAACAAAAAUAAGAUGUGAUUCGUUUCUCAAAGUGAUAAGGAAGUGGACAUGUGUUCUGACUUGCAAUCAUUGUAAACACACACACAAAAUUCCAAAGCCAAAGAAAAAAAACAGUUACAUGUAAGUAUCGUUUUCCAACGUAAAUAUACUCAGGCAGUGCUCUCAAUUUAAAUUUUCAGCAAAGUCCUAUUUUGAAAACUUUUCAUUUUUACCAAGGUAAAAGUGUGUAAACUCAUACAUUUAUUGAAAAGGUGUACAUGUAAGUACAAUACAUGUAGUAAUGUCUGAUAAAUUAUCUGUUGGUAGCUGUCAUAAAAGGUCAAGUGAUAUUAUUGUUUCUGUAUUUUUUUUUUACAAACAUGACAAAAAUGAAAAGGCAAGAAUAAAACGAAUGUACAAAUUCAAGCAAAUACAUGAAAAAGUCUAUGAAAUAAUCUGACAAUACGUCAAAAGGACAAGUGAAAAGUAUCAUGUCAAUUAUUAAGGUUGAUUUACUGGGCACGAAAAGGGAUUUUCAUUGCAUGUGUUGACAUUCAUUGUCAAUUAUUACACCUAGUCCUAAAAAACAGUCCUCUAUGGUGGCUUCGAAGAGACAUCGUGAAUAUGGAUGUUACUAUUCACAAUAGAACUCACGAAUUGCUCCACAUAGCGAUUGACGAAAAAUUCACGUCUCACUCUCCGUUCGCAAAUAUUGACGUUAAUAUUCCCGAAUAUUGACGUCAAUUCCUGAACACUGACGUGAAGUUUUCGAUGCAACUAUUGACGCCAAUAUUUGCUACUGGAGAGCGCGAUGAAAUUUUUGUCGUGAAUAUUGAUGUCAGCAUUCGCAAAUUGCGAUGUCCCUUGAAAGCCACCAUAGUCCUCCCUUCUCUAUUUUGCUCAUACAUUGUGAACAUAUUUAGUGUAAUUCUGCAUAAUUGAUGUGCAAGAUUAUAUCACUACAACUUUGAAAAAAAAUCAUGUGUUUUCCGGUCUCAUGGUAGGACGAAUUGAUUCCUGGACACCAUAUACUAAAACAACUCUGACUCAAGGCCAGGCACCAGACUAUUCCAAAUGAUAAUGUGCAUGAUCUUUUAACAUGCAAACGAUCCAGUAUUAAACAGGGCGAGAAAGCAGCUAGUAGGAGCAUACUGCUCGACUCCAUGGGGACAAGGUUGUCUCUCUCGCUUCAAUGUCAUAGGACCCUGACUUUGGAGGCUGUGGCUCAAUAUGGAUCCAUGCUUUCGGAACAUCCAUGCUUUCGAAACAUCAAAUCCUAUGAUUUGAGGCCAAAUUCAUAGCAUUUUCAUUUGGUUUUAUUAAAAUUAUUCUGAAGGCAAGGAUCAAGCCAAAGUCAAGGUUUUAAAAACACUAUAAAAGGUUGAACAGGAAGCAAUCUCUACCGGUAAGCCACCCCCCCCCAAAAAAAAAAUGUCACCAUGGGGUUAUUCUGUGUCAAAUCACCUGGUGGGUCAAACCCCACCCCCUUCAAAUUAGUUCAUAUUUGUUGUAUGGGGUAAUAUUGGUUGAAAAAGCUGAAAUCUUAAAAAAGUUUUAGCGCCACCUCUAUAUCAACCCCAUACACUAAAUAUGAACUAAUUGCAGGCAUGCAACUUUUCCUCGGAUCUGCUGAUUUCCUCGUUUUUUACUUCUCAUGAAUGCCAUUACCAAUUGAAAUACACUGUACAAAGUCUUGUGUGGUUUGGAAUUUCCUGGGUUUUUUUCUCAAAAUUCCCAGUACCAUGCCUGUAAUUGAAAGGGGGUGGGGUUUAAACUUUCAAAUUUUGGGGUGACUUGGCACGGAAUGAACCCAUGUCAAAAAAUUAUCACACAAUCAAAAUUGUGGAAACUGUCUUUGCAACAUAAAGAUAUCCAUUUGGAGAGAGCGUUGAAUGGAAAUAUAUUAGUACAGAUUAUAAAAGUUUCUCAAUUUAUGUAUACUUCACUGAUAUGGAAGGUUUCAAUACAAUUUUUAAAUUUGAGCUGGGAAAUUGGAAAAUAACCAAAUACUAACAUUAAAAGGCAAGAAUAUAAAAAUCUAGUAAUUAUCAAUGAAUACAUGCAUGAUUUCUUUUCAGUAACACACAUUCAUAAAUACCUGAGACUGUUUACUUAUUCCAUAUAAGGAGAUUUUUAGCACUACACGCGUGAGGCAAAUACUAUGUACCAUAAACAUGGCUAGAUGGGUGAUCAUAAAGUAUGAAG